AUGCAAAACAUCCAUAAUCGUAUAUGCAAACCAAAAAGUCAGUGUGAAAAAAUUGAGAAGCUGACUCAAAACCAAGAGAUUUUACACGAGUUGCUCAAGCUUCGUUCGACUUAGAACAAUUCCUUACACAAUUAUGACUAAAGUUAACACGAAAUGCAAGUCUACUUAACAAAAAGUAUGUCACGACAGUUUAAGUUUGAGUCAACAACACACAAUUAUAUCCUAUUGAAUAUUUUGAAAACAACUCAAUAGUUCAUCAAUAACAGGUUUAAAGGGUAUUGUAGAAAGGAGAUGGGAAGCAUAAUUCAAGUGUUAAAAGACUUAAUAUACACAGAUUAGUCUCAAUAUACAUAGGCUAAAACUCAAAUGAUGUUGCAACAAAAACAUAAAUUUCACAUCUAAAAUUUUUAGUUUAUAACUCACAGGAAGUAUCAUAAGAUAGAAGACCUUCAUUAUGCUCGAAACACAAAUGGUUGCACUUCCAUUACACUACUUCCAAAGAAGUUCAAGUUUUAAAACCUUUAAAAAAAUUAGUUAACAAAUAAUAAGAAGAUUAAUACACAUUUACAACUACUAGCCUUGACAGCAGAUAAUGCUAGUAAGUAUUAAAAAAAUUUAGAAGCUCAAUUUUUUCUAACUUGUAAGUCUGAAUUACUGCAUUUGAAAGAACAGGAUAGAAAAAUGUUUGUUAGCACUAAAUCAAAAUCGUCAUUUUUAUAUUGUUUUAGCGCCAGUAUUAGUAUACAAUCUCCACAUGAUGUCGUAAAUCAAUAGGAAUCUCUAAGUAAAUUAUGCUUUAAGAAUAUGUUGAGUAAUUUUCUUGAUGAACAGAAAUCUACUUCAAAAAGAGAUUUAACAUUUAUGUUCAGUAUCUGUACACGUAUAACAGGAUGGAUGGCUAGAUAAACUAACCUUCAGUAUUAUACUGAACAGAAGAGAUUGAGUAUACAGUGA